CCCUCCCCCUCCCCUGUGUGCGUUGUGUGUGUGUGCGUGUGUGUGUGUAAUUAGUAUUAGAAUUACCAUAUGGUCCAGUGGCCCCGCCUCUGGGUGCAUAUGCAGGAUCGAGAGCAGGGGCCAAGAGAUAUUUACACACCCAUGUUCGUAGCAGUAUUAUUCACGAUAGCCAGGUAAAAAGCAGCCCAAAUGUCCCUCAACGGCUGAACAGAUAAACGAAAUGUGUUCUAACCCAUCCUGGAAUAUUAUUCAGCCUUAAAAAGGGCAGAAAUUCUGACACAUGCCGCCACACGGAUGAACCCUGAGGACGUUAUGGCCGAUUGAAAUGAUUCCACUUAUAUGAGGUCUCUAAAGUAGUCAAAUUCCUGGAGACAGGAAGUACAACAGUGGUUUCUGGGGCUGGGGGGAGGGGGAAAUGGGGGGUGGUUCCUUAACGGGAACCGCUUUAAGUUCUGCAACUUGGAAAGAGUUGUUCCUGUUUACCGCAAGUCCAAAAUAAUCCUGCACUUGGAUUUUUAGAAAAUAACCAGUAGGCCACCAGGACACAUAGCAAAGUCACAGAUGCCUGCAGCUCUGCACCCCAUGGGGACAGCACUGUCAUCUAGGGAGGAAGUGGUACCAUGGGUGGGGACCCUGUCACCGGAUUGACCUGGUCAGGCUCAUCUGUCGUGUUUCCAGCUCCCCCAACACAGAUGUUCACUAAGCAUUUGGGGAAUGGAUGAAUGAACGAAUGGUUCCUGCCUUCACUUCGCCCAGCAUCCCUUCUUUCCUUCUACCCCGGAUGUUCACAGACCUCAAGAGUCCUCCACCUUGCAGGACCGACCACUCGAGGGUCUGGAUGAGGCUCUGACCCUCCAGGUGUAGACAGCAGUUGACUAGCUCCCUGGUGUAGACAACACUGCUCAGACAAGCACCUCAGAUGGGAAGAUCUUAGGAGACUCACCGUGUCCCAUGCCUCACAUGCUCUCAGAGGUCCUGGUCCAAGCCCCGUUGGUGGAGGGAAGAGUGGAGAUGGGGGGCAGGGCACAGCGUUCUGCUCCUGGUCUCUCCUGUGGGGGUCUCCAGGAGAGAGUGCGGGGGGUCACCAGCACCUUGCAGAUGGGAGGUGAGCUCCGCAGCGGCAGUUCCCCUUUUGUGAAAUCGUGAGGCCUCGUGCUCCUCCCCAGCUUCCCGUGGGCCCCCCUCAGCCUCCCUCUGCCUUCCCUUCUUCACCCACAGGAAGCCCAGACAUCUGUCUCUAAGAUGUUGUUGCCUCUGCUGCUGCCCCUGUUGUGGGCAGGGUCCCAGGCUCAGGAGAGGAGAUACUGGCUGCAGGUUCUGGAGUCACUGGUGGUGCAGGAGGGUCUGUGCGUCUCCGUGCCCUGCAAUUUCCUCUAUCCCCUGAAUAGUUGGAAUGACUCUUACCCUGUGCAUGGCUACUGGUUCCGGGAAGGGGCCGGUGUACAACAGGAUGUUCUAGUGGCCACAAACAACCCAGGUCGAAAAGUGCAGAAGGAGACCCAGGGUCGAUUCCGCCUCCUUGGAAACCCCCGGGACUACGGCUGCUCCCUGGACAUCAGAGACGCACGGAGAAGGGACUCGGGGACAUACUUCUUUAGGGUGGAGAGAGGGCCUUCUGUGAGAUAUAAUUUCCUACAGAACCGGCUCUCUGUGCGUGUGACAGCUCUCACACGGACACCUGACAUCCACAUCCAGGGGCCCCUAGAAUCUGGCCAGCCCAAGAAGAUCACCUGUAGCGUGCCCUGGGCCUGUAAGAGGGGGACGCCGCCGACCUUCUCCUGGAUCGGGGAUGCCCUCACCUCCCUGGGCCACAGGACACACUUCUCCUCAGUGCUCACCCUCAUCCCGUGGCCCCAGGACCAUGGCACCGACCUCACCUGUCGAGUGAGAUUCCCCGGAGCUAACGUUAGCACAGAGAGGACCAUCCAGCUCAACGUGUCCUAUGCUCCGCAGAACCUGAUCAUCCGCAUCUUCAGGGGAAAUAGCACAGUCCCAGAGGCCCUGGGCAAUGCCACCUCUCUGCGAGUUGAGGAGGGCCAGUCCCUACGCCUGGUCUGUGACACUGACAGCCACUUCCCCGCCAGGCUGAGCUGGUCCCGGGGAAGCCUGACCCUGAGCCCCUCCCAGCCUUCAGAUCCCGGGGUCCUAGUGCUGCCCCGGCUGGUCUUGGGGGAUGGAGGAGAAUUCACCUGCCGAGCUCAGCACCCAUGGGGCUCCAACCACGUCUUCCUGAACCUAAUUGUGCAGGGAAUCUCCUGUUCCUGCCCCCCGAUAUCUGGGGAGCCGUGGAACACCUGGCCUCUUGUCCUCACCCUGCUCAGAGGGGCCCUCAUGGGGGCUGGCUUCCUUCUCACCUAUGGCCUCACCUGCAUCUACUACACCAGGUUCAGAGGCUCCAAAGAGGAUAAGGCUGCAGGUUGUAAGUGAGCCCCCUUCCUCGCCGUGAUGCCGAUGCCUGACGGCUGAAGAUCCAUCCAACUGUCACAUCCUGAGACUCACCCUGGCACAGCUCUUGUGGAGCAAGGCGGUGCUGGAUGGAGUGGCCCUGCCUCUUCUCCAGAACUAAAGUCUCUUCACCUCCGCUGCCCGAGAAGCUUCCUGGUGGUUCUGUACCAAUGGCGGGAGAGGGCAAGUGAGGGGAUGGAUAAAUCUUUGUUAUUUUUUUUUUUUUUAUUUUUUUAAUUUUUUUCUUCAACAUUUAUUUUUGGGACAGAGAGAGACAGAGCAUGAACGGGGGAGGGGCAGAGAGAGAGGGAGACACAGACUCGG